CAACUACCUAUCAGACCUGAAAAGACUCCAGGCAGUAGCAGGAGCCACACACAGCUUCUUCCACACACAAGCUUCAACUACCAGUCUUCUCCUUCUUCUUCUUCUUCACCAUCCAUUCUUUGCUUGGCAUUUCCAUUUCCAUUUUCAAUUUUCUUUUAUCUCAGUUCUUUUUCUUGUGGGAACAUGGUUUCUCCAAGGUGUGUUUCUUCCAUUAUUAAUACACGCCAGUACUUAAACCGCCUCCAAAUUGCCCCAACAGCAAGUAAAAUCCCCUCUCGGCUCCUCUUUCUUUUAUGUACAUUCCAAGAACAGCGACAGAUAAGGCCCCGAGAUCUGCAAGUCUUCUUCACACUACUCGCUGAUGGCUGAUUCUGAACAUUCUUCUUCUGAUGACACUUACGUGGACUCUAGAGAAGAGACAAGUGAAGAAUCAAAGCUAGAUUUCUCUGAAGAUGAGGAGACGCUUGUAAUUAGAAUGUACAACCUGGUUGGAGAAAGGUGGUCUCUAAUUGCUGGUAGAAUCCCAGGGAGGACAGCUGAAGAAAUCGAGAAGUACUGGAAUUCCAGAUAUUCAACAAGCCAAUGAAAGUACUAAAUCAAGAUGACUGUCUUACUUAGAGUGACGUGAAUGCUUGGCUCAGAAAAUUUCCCCGAGGAUGUGAAGAUUUUCUUAAUUUGCGUUCUGAACUUAGACCCAUUGAAGUUCAAGGUCAUUUCAUAUGAUCUUUAGGAAUGGAGUUUCUCCCCCCUCCCUUUGUCGGUUGAUCUUUGUUUGGUGCUCAUGAUUAGGGUAAAGCCAUUGGUUUUUUUUCAAGGUGCAAUGUAUUUGGAAGUAGGACCUUAGAUUCUUGGUGUAUAUUGUUCUCUCUAGUUAUAGUGUACAAAUGCGUCGUCCCUAGUGUUGUCCCUAAUGAUAUGACAUUGUUACUCCCCUUAUUUUUUCAUCACUAAUGUGUGCCUAA